GGUGACGCCUUGAGGAGCCACAAGAGAAAGUAACGUCGUUGUAUGAAAACUACAUAAGGUGUACGUUAAUUAAAGUUUAAAACCCCCCAAAACACACAACAGCCACAUUAAUGUGGCACACCGGUCAAAGUUUUAGAAGCGGUACAGGACAUUCUCCUUCUGGAUAUUCUGGUAAGACCAAAAUUCAUGGUUUCAUCAGUAAUAAUUUGAGGCCCUAAAGCAGCAAAAAAGUCCCGGUGCAUCAUAUAACCACCACCUUGUAUGACGCCUCCCCUGAAUGAGUCAUCCAGCUGGCUCCUCAUUGGAUAAGACCAUACCAUCCCAAGGGAUUGCCUUGCAGAGGCAGAAAGGCCUUGCUUCCAUUCACAGAAACACUGUGUUUCCACAGAUUUUGUCUCUAACGGAUUGGAUUUCUGCUCUGGAUUUUUAUUGGGAAACGAUUGGACUUUGGUGACAGCAACAGCUCUGCACAUUGAACCGCCACUGUAAACUCAACAGAGGAGAGGGGAAAAAAAAUUAGUCAGGUGGCCUGUGAUUGCUGAGAGGCAUUCACUGCCUGUGCUACUGCUGCUAUGUUACAGGAGAGGGUUGUCAGCGCGGUUCGGCCACGUCUGCCUGCACGCCUGUGAAGGAGGCAGGCUGUGUGAGUUGGUUGGUUGGUGGAGAGACGAGGACCGUGCUAUAGAGGGAAGGGUAUGCUUCACCGUACCAAGUACAACCGCUUCAGGAAUGAGUCGGUAACAUCUGUCGAUGAGCUUCUCCACGGCCUGUCCAUGAACCCCAAGGUCUCGGCCUCCUCUCAGUCUGCAGCCGAGACAUCCUUCGCACCCCCAAGCGAGGUCCAGCUCUCCUCCACCGCUGCCGUCCCUUCCAGCAACACAACCAGCCAUGGCUCAGAGCAUCUGGAGGAUGGAGGCACCACCCUCUGCACCCUCAUCAACAAGGUCUCCGGCCUGAAAUUCAGCAACUCGGGCAGCCUGCUUGGCAUCAAGGGUCUACCCUCGGCCGUCAAGGACCUGGCUGUGUCCAAGCUGCAUGGGGGUGGGGGUGCGGGCUCCAGCCCCAGCAGCGUGGCGGCGGCAGCAACAGCCGUCUCUGGUGUGGGAGGGUCUCAGUGCAGCUCCCAUUCAACCCCCUGCACACAGUUGGAGACAGCUGUCAGCAUGAGCAAGAAGAGCAGACUGGACGAUCUCCAGCCUAGAGGAGAGGAUUGGAAUCCAGGUGGGGGUGGCGGACUGGUGAGCAAGCCCUCCAGAGGAUGGCUGCACUCGAAUGAGAAGAUAUCUGGCCCAGGAGUUACAUACGUUGUGAAGUAUCUGGGCUGCAUAGAAGUCUUGCGAUCGAUGAGAUCCUUGGAUUUCACUACAAGGUCACAAAUAACAAGGGAAGCUAUCAGCCUGGUGUGUGAAGCAGUUCCUGGGACUAAAGGAGCGCUGCGGAAAAGAAAGCCACCAUCCAAAGCCCUGUCCAACAUUUUAGGCAAGAGUAAUCUCCAGUUUGCUGGCAUGUCCAUCAACCUGAAUAUCUCCACCAGUAGCCUCAACCUAAUGACCCCCGACUGCAAACAGAUCAUUGCCAACCAUCACAUGCAGUCUAUCUCCUUUGCAUCAGGUGGAGACCCUGAUACAACAGAUUAUGUUGCCUACGUAGCAAAGGACCCAGUCAACAGAAGAGCAUGUCACAUCCUCGAAUGUGCCGAUGGGCUCGCUCAGGAUGUUAUCAGCACCAUCGGCCAGGCGUUUGACCUUCGCUUCCAGCAGUACCUGCAGUGUCCCUCAAGCAAGAUGUCAUCAGUCCAUGACAGAGUAUUAAACAUGGAGGAGUUGGCAUGGACAGAGGAAGAAGAGGAGUCAACAGAACAUCCUUAUUAUAACAACAUCCCCGGCAAAAUGCCACCCCAAGGAGGCUUUAUUGAUACUCGACUGACGAAUCAGAACGCAGCAUCUGAAGGAGGCCAGAUUGGUCCGGGCUCGGUGGAUCAGACGUACUACCAGGGACGGCAUUGUGAAAACUGGGCUGAUGAAAGGAAAGCCAUCUUCCUGCAGCAGGGAUCUUUUGAUAUCAGCAGUUUGCCAGAGAAUAAAGGUCAGACACCAAAAGCAGCGGAGAUGCCCAUGUACGUCAACACCCAGCAGAUUGAUGCCCAGGUGCUUGCAGCUCUCCAGGCUGAAGCAGAAAAUGCCACAAAGGGCAUAGUAGAGGCAGGCAAAGGGAGCCCCCAGAAGGACCUGUUUGACAUGAAGCCCUUUGAGGAAGCCAUUCAGUCCCAGCCACUGGCCCCUGGGCAGUCCCAGACUCAAGUGUCCAACCUUCAGAAGGCAGCUUCUGUUGACAACUCCAGCCCUCUCCUUGUCCGAUCUUUGGCUUUCCGCACUCAAGAGGAGCUGGAAGGUCAGACGUGGUACCAUGGCAAAAUGAGCCGCCGUGAUGCUGAGAAACUGCUUAAGAGCGAUGGGGACUUCCUUGUCCGCACGAGCACCACCAACCCAGGGUCCUACGUUCUGACUGGUAUGCACAAUGGACUCGCCAAACAUUUACUGCUUGUGGACCCUGAAGGCACGGUACGGACAAAAGAUCAUAUAUUUGACAGCAUUGGCCACCUUAUUGGCCAUCACCGUGACAAAAAUUUGCCUAUUGUCUCAGCUGGGAGUGAACUCUGUCUCCAUCAGCCUGUUGAAAGAAAAUUGUGAUGCUUGAAAUGCCUGAUGGGAAGCAGAGGGUCUUUAGACGCCCUCUCCUCCUGGAACUGGAAGAUGCCUACAAAAGGCUCAAUGUGCUCAACCUGCUUUACUGGAGUCACUGGAGUACUCGUGAUUUGUUAAGGAUUAAGGAAAACUAUUUAUAGAAUUGCUAUUAUUUUGUUGUGAUGACUGAAAUGCUAUAUUUUUGAGAAGAAAAAUCGGUGCAUUUGGAUUUGAUACUUUGAUUUGGUGUUUAAUUAAAGAAACAAUAAAGCGACAAAUUGUUCUUGUAGUUUAGACGCAGUGCAAAUAAAACCUCAAAGAGGCAAAGAAUAUUUUAAAAAUGAAACUCUAAACUAAGUUUUGUCUGUCAAGCACAACCAUAUUUCUACUGAACGUGUUGACUUGGUGGUUGAAGAAUCAGAAAACGCUCUUUUAAAUAAAUUCUAAUAAAAAAAUUGCCCUGAAACUGACCAUUAGUGUGACGGCUUGAUUUAUUAGUCUCCAUAUGAAAGCUACUUUUGUUGGAGUUUGAAGCCGAAUGUGUUGUCAGUGUCGGGGAGCAAACGACACCUUUUCAUACUGCAGUCAAUGGCUUUAGAGAUCAGCCUUUUUUAUAAUAUAAAGUAUUUCCUUGUGUCACUGCAGCCGCAUGACUUCAAAUCAAUUGUUCUCGUGGCCGUGUUUGUAGACCUUGAAUUCCCCUUUAUUUGAAAAGAGGUGCUUGUGUAUGCUGACACUGUAUAAAAAAAAA